ACGCGACCUUCGAGCAUCGUCUGCCGCAUGUGACAGAGCACGGGGUUCGCAUAGGGCUGGCCGCGUAGGGUGACGGGCGACGUGUGGUAGCCGUGGCCGAGGCACCCGCCCAGGUCGUCGUCGCUGUUGAAGCCGUUGCAGUCGAUCUCCCACACGUUCUUGUGCACUCUGUCCAUUUUCGCUGGCCCCACGCGGCCCAUCCGCUGGCGCCAUCCGCUGGGGAUACGGCCAAGACUGUACGUCAGAGGCCGAUCGUCAGAUGCGUAGUACACACACACGGUCCGCUGCCAUGCAGAUGGACGACGGCUCGUUGAGCAUGUUGUUGAGCACGUCGGUCGCCACCAUGAAGAUAUCGCCGAAUACGCCUUUUAUCCCGUACAUCUCGUCCGCUCGAAUGAGCGUCUGCCACAGCACGCGGUUCAUGGAAUGUGCCAUGAUGCUCAGCUUCUUCUGCAUGAGCAGGUCGGUCUUCGAGUCGGGCAGCGGCACCGUGCCAAGGAUUCGCUCGUCGGCUCGCAGCACCUUGGCAAGCAUUCGCUCGAAUCCUGCUACGGAGGCAUAUGCGCGCCGGCGGUCAUUCCAGUAGUCCCGGAUGAUGCCGAUCUUGUCGCCACAUGGCCAGAUGAGACCCACCACCUUCACCUUGCUCGGGUUGUCCCCUGUCUUAGCCAUCGCGUUGAACUGCUCUUGGAUCUUGGCCGUCUGGUCGAGAGCACUUGCGGGCUGCACGUUGAAGCCAUGGAUGGAGAACAGCACAUGGUCGGCCUUGCUGUUGAGCAGCCGGUCCAGGAAGUUCUUAGAGAAGACUUCUUUGUGUUCAUCGUCGGGGCCGCUCUUGCAGAAGUGGACGUUUCCCGUGGCAUCGUUAUUCUUUUCGUCGAAGCUCACGGGCUUGGUGGGUGAAUCGGGAUUACCGAAUGACUCCUUUGUCCCACCAAGGACGUUCAU